AUGGCCACCGGCGACCUCACACCGACAGGCGACAGCCAAAAGGCCCAGGGUUCCGACAUUCCCAUCCGCAACAAGACGACGGAUGCAAUCGACAUCGUCUCGACGUACCACUCCCUCCUCCAAGACCCCGACCUGACAAAACCCGUCGCCGCUAUCGAGGCCCUCAUCUCGCUCCUCAACGCCUCGGGCACCACCACCGUCUACGAGACGCUCGACCUUGUCAAGCGCGCCUCCAACACGCUUCACGCCUCCGUCAACAACCCCGUGCCCCUCCAGGCCGGAACCGACCUAUUCCUGCAGUACCUCGUCUCCUCGCUUAAGCAGCAGGAGGGAGCCCCGUUCGCCAGCGCCGCCACCGCGAACCCGCACCAGUCCUUCGACGCCGUCCGCACCCACCUCCUCCGCAACGGUCGCCUCUUCGCCUCGCGCGCCAUCGCUGCACGCGACCGCAUCGCCGACGCCGGCUGGCGCUUCGUCCGCGACGGCAAGGUCGUCCUCACCCACGGCGCCUCGCGCGCCGUCUCCACCCUGCUGUUCCGCGCCGCCGACCAGUUCGGCGCCGGCGGCGUGCGCUUCAAAGUCGUCUACGUGCGCGACGAGCACCGCCCGGCCGAGUCGGACCGCGUCGUGCGGGAGCUCCGCGAUAAGGGUAUUCCCGUUGCCGAGAUCGCCGAGCCCGCCGUCGCCCACGUCCUAGGCCUGCUGCGACAGGUCCACAUGGUCUUCGUCGGCGCCGAGGCCGUUACCCAGAAUGGUGGCAUCAUCUCGCGCAUGGGCACCUACCAGAUCGCCAAGCUGGCCAAGCAGGCCGGCCUUCCCUUCUACGUCGCCGCCGAGUCCCACAAGUUCGUGCGCAAGGUCCCUCUAGACCAGCGCGACCUGGGCUUCAAGCAGCACGUGUUGGACUUCCGGACGGACGGCGCGAGCGUGCAACCCGAGGACGCCGUGGAUUACACCCCCCCCGAUUUCAUCUCAAACCUCGUGACGGAAAACGGCGUCAAGCUGCCCAGCUACGUCUUCGAACAGCUCCUCGACAUCUACGGCAGUCUGAACGGUUGA